AUGGCGCUCAUAGAUCACAUCACCAACGCGGUGAACAAGUUCAUCCCCCAAAAGAAGGAAGAGUUUCCGAAACCAUUGGCCACGGCUUCAGGAGGCAUCGGCCAUGGGAUGCAAUUUGACGAUGAUGUACGCUCUUCGCUCCACUGGCAGGUUCAGGGCAUGCCCCUAUCUAAACCAGCCAUUGUUUAUUACGCAUGUCAGAUAUUCUUCUCAUUCCUUGCGAUGUGUUGCUUUGCCUCUGUUGCGUCUUUCCAGGCAAAAUGGCAUGUUGGACCUUCUGGACUAUCUGGAUUCGCGAUAUUUGUGUCUGUUACGCUGCUGGUGCUAUCUAUAUUUUGUCUCAUGGUCCCCGUGAUCUAUGACAAAUAUGAUAGGCUUAUACGUUUGGCUCGGGCGUUGCAAGAAGUGCGCGUUGCGUUCAUUCUUGCUACUGCCGGACUAAUAUGGAGCUUGCUCAUAAGUUUUGUGACGACCAUCUCUGCGUUCACUCAAGCCGGCUGCAAGAACCCCGACAAUGAUCCAAACGCUGGUCUAGGCGACACGUACAAGCAACAACUCAAAGGAUGGUGCAGCACUAAAAAAGCCGGCGCCGUAUUCUUCUGGCUAGCAUUUGCUGCAUGGGUUGCCACAUUUGUCGUUGCUGUGCUCGAGUGGCGCUCGGGCAAAAUGCGCGGGUCGAGGAGGAACACUGGAAGAGAAGAAGGCUUUGUUCCGCCUAUGCAUGAUGACACGGAGAGUGUGUUUACACGCGAAUAUGAUAGGAGGCCAAACAACGAAGACGACGACGAAGAAGAUAUUGAUCACGAAAGGGACCAGCAUCGUAGUCCGUUUGCAGACCAAGCUCCUCAACUUCCUCCUCCAUCAUUUGCCGUCGAUCCUCAGCCCCGCGUCAGUAUGGACGCCUAUGGCGCGUUCAGUGAUCCUGUCCCGAGUGGAUAUGGAGGAAACGAUCCCACCUCGCCUGUCGGAGGAAUUCCGGUAAACCGACCCGUGUCUCAUAUCUCAGCAGUACCUUCGGACCCGUAUGCACAGAUUCGAGCCAAUCUCACAGGGGCAACCGCUGCAGGAGGCCAUAUCAGCCCCCAUAGUCCCAGACCCCCGCCCCUGCGACUGUUCCCACCCCUCCGAGCGGUUAUCCCCCAGCUCCUCCCAAUUACUCGGCUAGCCCUCCUCUGA